UAAAAAAAAUUAAAGUCGAAAGAGGCAUAUACGAGUUCACAAAUAACCUUCGAAUAAGACAAAAAGCAUCACAUCUUUCACUUGACUCACAUAGUCGUUCAGUCUGCUCCCUCAUUUAUUUAAAAGCUACAAAAUACCAUCAUAUUGCAGUGUUUGGUUAUCAUAACACUAAAUAACACUUAACCCCCACAGCAAAAUCCGAAGGAUUAUACCUGGUCCAGAUAGAUUGAUUUAUACGGAGACUCCGAAGACCGUAUUGCAUUCUCUCACAUUGUCGCAAAAUCUGGGCAAUCAAGCAUUUUUACACGAACACCGCGCAUAGGCCUAAGAUUGAGACGUCGACAUACGCUGAUUAUCUGGGAACCUCGAGCGUCGCUGAAACUCCAUUAAAAUCGACAGACGGCAUAUCUUCCCCUUGAACUCAACAUCCCCCAGCGGCCGAAUGUGCAUUAUCUCGACUCUCUGAUUGCGCGCAGAGCAUGCAGGUACUCGUUAAAAAAGUCCCCCAACGUACAACCACCAUAAACUAGCUAGUCGAUUCGCAGAUUAUUACGUUUCUUGCUGUACAUACAGGUCCAUCGAAACUUGAGCCCUUGCGCAGAUUUGUAUUGUCGCAACCAUGUCCUUCCACGCAAAUGGUGGUCGACGUUACGGACAUGUACCUCCAGCACAAUAUGGUGCACCAACGGGUCAGCCUUCAAAUAAUUCGAGUCAAGGCUUGCAGAGACAGUCUAGUUUUGACAAUGGAGAUGAUGCUGCGUUUUUUGAUCCGAGUCAUAGCGGUUACCAGCCUGCCCCUCCAUCCUCGACGAGGGCUUCAAUGCCAGCAGAGGAUUUAUACAUGUCAAAUAACUCAAUGAGUCCGCAUUCGCCUGGCAGAUCAUCAUUUGGCGCACCUAGUAGUCCAGCUCUGUCAGGAUACCAACAUCAAUAUCAACCCUUGAACGGGCCUCAGUCCCCCUCACUUACCCAACAACCAUCAUAUAACCCCCAGAACUUUGUCAGGUCCCAAUCGCACUCACAGCCAUCUCAAUAUCGGUCUCAGGCCCAGUAUAGCCCGAGCCUUUCUAGCCAACAUCAAUACUCAAAUUCUACAUCUUCAAGUCAUCAGCCGUAUAAUCCUGCAGCUUAUCAACCAUCGCAGUAUCCCACGCGCGCCUCAUCGUCUGCUUCUGCAUACAAUAACUACAAUAAUUACAAUAACUCGUAUGCGCAGACUCCUACCUCUGCAUCAGGAUCCUAUUGGUCCUCAUCAUCCCCUCCAGCGCGCGCAAGUGCCAUAUAUGAGAGCUACAUGGAUUCGCCACCUAUGAGAAGUCCAAGCUAUGCUACUCACUCGACUCCCUUACCACCGCCUCCGAGGCAGGCUUCGUACAAUCCGCCACCUGCGGCUCCGUAUCCUGUCAACGGGGACGCCUUUGCUGAAGAUGAUUACAUGAGGAAUACACAAAUGCCCACAUACCCAAAUUUCCCCGGUGGUGUACUUCGAGAAAAUUCAACUGACUCCAUAUCUCAAGAUAUCCCUCCCAUUCCCCCGCCCAAACGGUCUUCAACAAACUCUUCGGGUGCUCCGGUGAUGAGUAUGCCUGCGUCUCCUGGAACUACAUUACAAAGACACCCAACACAAAGACCGUUACCCAGUGCGCCAAUGGAACAAAAUACGGGAGAUGAAGAUGACUGGGGUUUAGCAUUACAAGGUAAGACAGAUGAAGAACUUGCCCAAGAACAAAUUUUUGCAGAUAUAGGAGAUGCCCUUGGACCUUCCCACCGGAAUGGAGACCUUCGGGAUGGUGAACUACAUCGAUAUGAUUCAAGAGCAACUACUGUUCAUUCUGGUGCUGGCGUUGACCGUUUUCCAUCUACAGCUUCUACAUUACAUUCCGAACAGACUAUCUAUGAUGGCUAUGAUGAUGACGAGAGUGAUUUGGAAGCAGUUGCGGGUCUCGAAGCUAUGCGCAUUGCCGACGAACAGGAAUCUCAAGGGCUAAGUUCGGGGAGCUUAAGUUUUGGUGGACUAUACGAAGGGCACUUAUCUUAUUAUGAGACAGCACACCAGGAUCAAUAUUCCCGCGAGGAAAGCAGUGAUAGCGACUACAAAGGUAUGGAUCUGGGCCUUGCUGGUGGUGGCUAUGACGCACAUAUGUCCUAUGGAGAUGAUUUUGCGGGGAUGAGUGCAGAGCAUAGCAGUGAGAUGGAAGACCAGAGUCGGCCAUUACCGACGCCACAUCAACUUAGUCGUUCUGACAGCCGUCUUCAGAGAGGUAGUUUGGGAGGAAUGGCUGAUUACUCAAUGCCAGGGGAGGGUGAACUUCAUCCUUUUCCUGCUUUUGAGGAAGCGAGGGUUGAUAAUUAUGGUACUGGUGGUUUAGAAAGGCCAACGUCUCAUGCUCACCGGUUGAGCUUUGACGAAGGGGACGAACAUUUAAUCCAAUCUCGAAUUUUAGAUUCAAGGCAAAGUGGUAGGUCUGGAAGUGAUAGCCCCACGAGAGAUGAGAUGCCAGAUAUGUUCUACCAUCCAGGAAUGACACCGGGAUCUUACCAAAGGCCUCUCCCUGCAGUGCCUCCAAUGUCCGAAAAUAGGACACCUCAGUUACAAGCAGCUGGCUCUUACCGUAACUCGCAUGGAUAUUCGCACUCCUACUCUUCAAGUAUCGAUAGUGCGAGACCUUACCCUCCUGGUGGACCAGACGCAUAUGCACAGAACGCCCUUCAGCCUGCCCUUCAAUAUGUUCCAAGAUCAUCGUCACUCCAUAGUCAUAGCAGUACUGCACAAACAAUACCUCCAGUCCGAUCGAAAACAGAUGCAGAGGAGCGCCAAGCCAGAGCAAGAGGUAACAGACAAUCCAUGCUACGGUCCGCCGCAGGAUUAGAUGGCUAUGAUGCAUCUACUCCGCAGUCACUAGGGACGCUUGAUUUACCCGCCUUACCCGCCGGUCGUCGUAAGAAAUUUUCUCCUGGGAGAUUAUCGACAGCAGAUUUCCGGAGAUGUACAGAACCAUGGGCUUUAAGCGGAAUCGCAGCUUGGAUACGGGAAAUGGCUGGCGGGGAGACUGGAGAAGGUGAAUCUGACCUUCGAGUAAAAAUCAUUGAAGAUGGUCUCAUUGCCUUGUUUACUCACAUGGUACCCACCAUGAACACGGCCGACGCUGAGACGCUGAGUGAAAGAGUUGUAAAAUCUAUGUUCGAUGCCGGGAUUCUAUUGAAUGACGAAGAAUGGGUCAAAUUUGGUCAAGGUGAGGUAUCUGGUGUGUUAUGGCAGUUGACAGGCUCCGGCUGCUAUGCGCCAAAGCUUCACGAACAUGAAGUAGAAGGCCGAUGUUACUCGCAUCAUUGUACGCGCACAUUGAAGAAGAUUAACUUGCAAGCUCAGACCUUGGAACCGUCUAGAAAAUCCGAGGAUUGGAUUACUUUCUUCAAAGUAACAAAGGAAAUGCUUGGUGGUGUAACCAAGAAAGAGAUCGAGCUACAGAACAAUCUUCACGAGAUAGUCAUGUCGGAAGAUAUCUACAUGGACCAGAUAAAUGUGUUGCGCAUACUAUAUCGAGACAAUCUUGCUUCAUGGCAACCUCCCAUCAUUGCGAAAGCGAAGAUUAACAAGUUCGUUACUUCGGUUUUUGGAAAGGUCGAAGCGAUCAAAGAUGUCAAUGAAAACCAUCUCCUCGCACAGUUGAAGUAUAGGCAAAAAGAGCAAGGGCCUUGGGUAACAGGCUUUAGCGAUAUUUUCAGGGAGUGGAUAAGAAAGGCUAAAUCGGCAUAUAUUGAGUAUGCUGCUGGGUUUCCAUACGCCACAUAUCUUGUCCGGAGAGAAGCGGAUAGGAAUAUUCUAUUCCGCCAAUUUCUAGACCAAGCUAGAGAUAACAAACUUUCCGGCCGUCUAGAUUGGAACACGUAUUUAAAAGCACCAAUCACGAGGUUACAGCGCUAUGGUCUUCUUCUCGGAACUGUUCUCAAAAAUAUGACUAAGGAUAGCGAUGAGAAGGCAACUCUAGCGAUCGCUAUUGAAGAAAUCAAGGCUGUCACAUUAGAGUGUGAUGCUAAGGUUGAGGAACAAAGUAGGAAGGUCGACAUGAUUGAGUUACAGUCGAAACUGUACCUUCGCCCUGGCAUGGAGCGUGUUGAGCUCAACCUGGAUCAUCUAGGCCGCGAGCUCCUUCACAGGGGAGAUUUACAGCGUGCCGGUAACAAUCGAUUUACCUGGUUAGAAACUCAUGCCAUCCUAUUCGAUCAUUAUUUUGUUUUGGCGAAGAGUGUCAUUAACCGAGAUGCGAGUGGUGCACGAAAAAAGGAAAUUUAUGAUGUGUCGAAACUGGUGGGUGUUCAGCAAAUCAUGAUCAAUUAACAUUACUGACCUUUGUGCUAGCCGAUUCCCAUGCAGCUUUUAGUUCUUGAAAGCAGUGACGAUGACCCGGUGCAGAAAUCCGCUGUAAAGGGUAUAGGGGCUGUCACAACAACCGUUACCAAAACUGCCCCAGCAACUGCUGCUGAAGCCAGGUUAAAUCGCACUAUCACGAACUCUACUGGACUUGAACGAAUGCAAACAUUAGAGCACACAAACUCUAACAAUUCGGUCUCAACCACAAAUUCUGUGACACGACUUAAUACCAACAAUCUGAACGAUAACGAUGCAAAGGUGAUGUAUCCAUUCCGGAUUAAACAUCUAGGCAAAACCGAGGUUUACACUCUCUAUGCUCCAUCAGCUGCGAGCCGAGAUAAGUGGUGCGAUAAAAUAACAGAAGCAAAGACGCGUUACGCAGCGGCUCUAUUUGCGCAGAAUGCUGAACCUUUCCGUCUCAAAGUUAUUGCUGACAGUGCUUUUACCUAUGACAACUCGGUGAUCUAUCAACAGAGAGCUCUUAUUGCUAUCUCUGGUACACCACUAGAUAGAGCCGUCAGGGAGAUGGAAUACUCUUACGGAUCCAAACCACGGCCGGCCCCAGUAUGCAGAGCUCAGGUAAAUUGCGCUGUAUCUUUUACAUCGUAUGGGAAACUUUUGAUUGCAAUUGGAACGGAUUAUGGGGUUUUUAUUUCCGAGGCAUCAAAUCCCCGAGGGUGGUCAAGGGUAAGUGCAACAACCUGUUGUAUUUUAACGAACUUUAGCUAAUAUUAGUAGACAAUCCAAAUGCCCAAAGUUACACAAAUCGCCAUCCUCGAAGAAUUCUCACUAUGCAUCAUCAUUGCCGACAAAUCCCUAAUUGCAUAUCAUCUCGACGUAAUCAUUCCUUCCUCGAAUUUCUCUGGUAACCAUACAGACUCAUCUCGUCGAGCACCUCAGAAACUUUCCGGCGCUCGUGACGUGUCAUUCUUUGCCACAGCUCGUAUGAAGGAAAGAACGCUAGUCUUCUACAAGAAAAAAGAGAGUCUUCAUUCUGUUUUCAAAGUCUUAGAGCCAGUCAUUCAGAAAUCAUCGGAAAAAAAGUCUCGUCUAUUUGGUAAACGCUUCGGUGGUAAUACUGAAUUUUUCCGUGAAUUCGACGAAUUUUAUAUUCCAACCGAAUGUUUCACCAUCAAUCUCUUUCAAUCAUACAUCGCCAUAUCCACGCAGAAAGGAUUUGAACUUCUAACUCUCGAUAAAAAGGUCCCGAUGAGUAUCCCGGAUACUAAAAACCAAAAUAUAGCAUCCAUAGCCGCUCGACUCCAGGGUCAAAGACCUCUAGGCAUGUUCCGACUUUCCGACGCCGAAUUCCUUCUCUGCUAUGCAGAAUGUGGUGUAUACGUCGAUAAACAUGGCGAAGUAUCUCGAUCUGUCAUUAUGGAAUUUGUAGGGAGAGCAAAAACGGCAGCCAUGUAUGGUGCAUACUUGGUACUCUUCGAUAGUGAUUUCGUCGAAGUAAGGAAUGCGGAGAAUGGAAGAUUGAGACAGGUUAUUGCUGGUAGUGAUGUGAGAUGUCUUGAUGCGGGUACGAAUCCACAGGGUGCAGGUGCUAAUUCUAUGGCUACUAUGAGUCCAAUGGGCGGACAUGGAGGAACCAUGAAGAGGACGUUGAAAUUGGCGAUGGCGCAUCCGGAGAUUGUGGGCAAUCAGAUUGUGUUGGAGAUGGUGCUUAAUGAGGGGCAUCUGGAGUAGGGAGCGUGUAUGCGAAGGUCUGAGCCGUGUGGAGAUGGCUGGUGGAUUAGAAAGGGGACACGGAAUGAAAGAAGAAAAGUAGAUCUUUAAUUUACUGAUGACGAUACGAAUGAAUGGUUGGGCGAGCAGUCAGACAAGACAAGACUAGGAAAUCAAAUCUUGACUUUGACUUUGUCUUUGAAUCUGACUCUGAAUACUGGAAAAAAGGAGAUGGUUCAUUCUGAUGGGAAUACAAGGCAAAGGAAGGAAGGAAUGGUAGAAAGGUGGCCAGGGAGGAAUGACAGUGCUUUUUCGUGUGCAUAUAAUACCAUAGCAAUUGUAGCUGGCGUUUUUUU